GAAGAGCGAAAACAACAAAUGAAGAGAGAAAGAGAGGAGGCUGUGCAGAAGAUGUUGGACCAGGCUGAAAGUCAGCUAGAAAAUGGAACUGCUUGGCAUAACCCUGAGCCCCCAGAGAAUAUCGGCACCGAGAAGGACCGUGCCAAUUGCCCUUUCUAUAUUAAAACUGGAGCUUGCAGAUUCGGAGAUAGGUGUUCUCGGAAACAUAAUUAUCCAAGCUCUAGUCAAACACUUCUUAUCAGGGGAAUGUUUGUUACUUUUGGGAUGGAGCAGUGUAAGAGAGAUGACUAUGACACAGAUGCAAGCCUGGAAUACAGCGAGGAGGAAAUUUAUCAGCAGUUCCUAGAUUUCUAUGAAGAUGUACUUCCUGAAUUCAAAAAUGUGGGGAAGGUUAUUCAGUUCAAGGUGAGCUGUAACUUUGAACCUCAUCUUCGAGGAAACGUCUAUGUUCAAUAUCAGUCAGAGCAAGAAUGUCAGGAGGCUCUUACUUUAUUCAAUGGUCGGUGGUAUGCAGGGCGGCAGCUGCAGUGUGAGUUUUGUCCAGUAACAAGGUGGAAAACAGCUAUUUGUGGUUUGUUUGAAAGGCAGAAGUGUCCAAGAGGGAAGCAUUGUAAUUUUCUUCAUGUAUUCAAAAAUCCGAAUAAUGAGUUCUGGGAAGCCAACAGAGAUAUUCACAUUUCCACUGACUGGGCUAAAGAGGCAGGUAAAAACUCUGAAAGGAGAAAUAGAUCGGGGUACUAUGAAGAACAUUACAGCAGAUCAAGGAGAAGGAACAGUCAAAGUCCAGAUCGUUCAUACAAUAAAAGAAAUGGAGAAUCUGAAAGAAAAAAAUCUCAUCAUAAGCAUAAGAAAAGUCAUCUUUCUGAGAAAUCAGGCAGUCGUGGAAGGCAAUGGUCACACAGUAAAAAGAAGAGAGGACGGAGUCGCAACAGGAGCAUGACACGUAGCCGUAGUAGAAGUUCCUCUCUUUCAAGAAGUCGAGGCAGAAAGAGGUCCAGUAGCAAAGAAAGGAAUAGCUGAAUUUGCUGGAGAAUGACUUUUAAGACUUGGAUGUGUUUUGAAAAAGAUUGCCUGUAGUCCUAUUAGAUCGGUUGUAUAUUGUUGUGCCCCAGAAAUAAAGCUGUUAUGCACUAUCCUAUCUAAAGUUUUGCAAUAAAUUAUGAAAAAAAAUUAAAUACAUUCCUGGGACUUGUUUAAUUAACCUGCUGUGGAAAGCGGAUGGUUUUUUUUUUUUAAUUCUUUAGCUAAAAUAAGCAGUAUUGCAUAAUAAGUUAAAAACAACUGAAGUAACAAAAUCUUUGGUUUAUAUUUUGUUUAUAAGUAAGUACAUUGAAUAAGGCUAAUGUACUCUCAUUUUUUGUCCAAAAUAACAUUUUGAGUAGAUAUGUUUCCGUUUAGCAUAGCCUACACACUACAAAAGAAACUAAGAAAAACAGUACUUCGUUAUAAUAGCCAGGCUUAUUAGCAUGCUUUCCUCAUCCUGCUGCUUUCUAAAUGUGAUAGUAUAUCUGACUAUGCUGGUUAUGUGAGUUGUGAGUCAGACUGCUGUGGAGUAUUAAGUUUGUGAAAAGCUUUCUUCUCUAUGGCACAAUUGCAUAGGUUGAUUAAUAAUCUGGAAGCCAAGAGCUCGCUCAUAUAACCUGUCACAUAAAACACCAUUUCUUUUUUGGCAUAUUAAAUAGGCUCAUUCAAACUGAGCUCAACUUAUGCCUCCAACCUGGGAAUUUCCUGGUGAUCUCCCUUCCAAAAACCAACCCGAUCCAACCCUGUUCAGCAAUUUUGAGAUUAGCCACAUCAGCUUGGUGCUGCCACCUGCUGUGACUUUAACAGCAGAUAGCAGGUGAUGUAGAUAGUGCAUCUACUGUGUAAGAGCAGCCUCUUCCAUGCACAGCUGCUGGUCUUGGACUUUUUCCUAGUUUGGCAUGCUAUUCAAGUUACUUGUCCUAUCACAGUUUCUGCAUGCUAUGUGAAUUACAGUCGGUGUCUGUCCACUUCACAGCUUUAAUGUUUAAUACAGCUGUGCAGCAUUAGCAGCAUGCUUCUCAAAUCAUUUCUGAAGCACUGUAUUUUUAGUGUUUAACUACUUUAGCUUUUUUAAAACUUUUUUUUUAAAUACCUUUUAUGAAUAACCAGAACCCCAAAAUCUCAAAUUCCUCUUUUCUUUAAGGAAGCAGACAUGCAAUUUGCCUCAGGUUUCCUUAAAUUACAUCCCAUACAGUAAUUUCACCUAUAGUAAAUAAGUACUACUACUUAUUAUUACAAAGCAACUAGUUUCAUGUGUUGCAACGUUUUUCUAAAUUUGUAUACCUCAGUCUGUCAUAGGGCUAUAAAAUUAGAAAGUGUUCUUUCAAUGGACUUUGGUAGAAAAUCAGAGUGUAGUAGCACUUUUUAAGACUUAACAAAUGUUAUUGUAAGGCAUAGACUUUUCUGAGUUGCAGCCUGCUUCUCCCUACUUUUUUACUGACUGCUUCAUCCCUAUGCAUUUAAAAUUUUAUCAAUUAAGCUACUCCAUUAUCCGAUGAAGUGAGCUGUAGCUCACAAAAGUUUGUAAUAGAUUUGUUAGUUUCAAAAGGUGCUACCAAAUUCUGUUUGGCUACCGUAGACUAACCUGGCUCUCCUUCUACAAUGAGUUGGCAAUUUUGUACUUAAGUUUUCAGAAAUUGGUAUAGGUAAGAUUAACAUUACUUGCUUUCCAAGUAUGUAAAGCUAUAUCAUACAUAGAGUACAUAUAUUUAUCAUUGCAUAUGUACAUCAAUGAAGUGGCUACAGAUUACUUCCAUGCACUGGCAUAACAGAAAUGAGCUGAUAUUGAGUGUCCCCAUUGCUAAGAAAUUGACUGUUAACUUACUGCUACAAUGAUUUACAUAAUGUUUGAAUAAAAGAAGGCAAUAUUGGUAUCUUGGGCUAUUUAAUAAAGUGGCGUGCUGACAGAAACAUUGAAAAAAUUAUUUCAGUAUAUCACGAGAUGAUUUUUAAAAAUCCAUUUGUAAGCGAACACAUUAAGCAUGGAAUAAGCCCAAAUUUAGUAUUUAUGAGUCAAACUCAUAAAGUUUUUAGGAGUAGGGCUGGAAUAAACUCACAUUAUUCUUGAAGUAUAAUUUGUAUUGCAAUCAUUGCUUGAGGUUAAACUGGGCACAUUUUUAUCCUUUUUAAAAUUUCACUUCUGUUUGGCUCCCAAAUUCAGAUAAAAUUUACCUUCUGGGGUCUCACAAUUUGGGAAGAUUCUAACCCUUUGUAGCCAUCCCCAAAUUUUUAGAGGCAGUGUAAUCUUCCACUAAUUUAAUGGAACUUUUUCAUUCUGUAUAGCAUUCAGGUACAUGGCUAUAGAUGUAGUCUAAUUUUACAGUUAUGUUUAACGCAUGAGUUGUUCCUCUUGAAGACUUGGAAGCAAAGAUGACUAAUAUUUGGAGUGACACCCUCAUUAAUAGCUCCAUCUUAAUAUUCCAAUCCAAAGUAGAAAAAAUUGGUAAAUGAUAUGUUUGAAUGAUUUAUAUGGCUCAUAGAAUCCAUUUUGUUCUGUAUAGAUAAUGUGAACAUAGUUUUUUUCUUCAAUAUCCUUUUCUUCUUCAACAUCUUUGUUGAAGAAAUAGUCUCCUGUAAACCUUUUAAAUCCAUGGUUGUUUUUUUAAUUUUAUGUUUCCAUUUAGAUAACUACAGUUCUUAAAAAUAAUUUUAUAUUUACAUAUACAUGCACCCUUGCCUUUUCGGGAAAUAUGUCUACAUACUCCAAACAAUCUCACAGUGUAUUCC